CAAGAUGACUUCCAAGUCCCUGAUGCUGAUCGACGUGCAGAAGUGUUUCUCGGAGGGGACGUGGGCGGACCGGUUCGGGCUGGACGAGGUGCAGCAGAUCCGGGAGGCGUAUGACAGGUGUGUGGACGUCCUGCGCGUCACCCAGCACAUUCCCACCCUGGUCACACGCACGCCCUUCCCCGGACCCGACGGAGAGCUGGACGACAGAAUUAAAAGCAUUACACAGGAGCGUGGAAUCGAGUGCUUAUCAAAGCCAGGCAACUCCGUCCUCCACGCGGUGGGGUUCGUCAAGUGGAUGGAAGAGCGGAUCAGAAAUGGCAGUCGGAUCAUAGUUAUGGGCGGGAACACGACUACGUCCUGCGUGAAAACAUCGUCUGUGGCUAUCGCCCGCGCUUUCCGGGCCAAGGGACUACAAGUUGUUGUGGAUCUGAGCAUGUGCGGGGCGCGUGCGACCAACCACAAGAAGCGCUGCCCGGACUGUCUGGAGAGUUACGAGAUGGAUUAUGAGGGUCCGCUGUGCGACGCAUGCGUGGAUCCUUCGGUGGGCCUGCAAUCGCCUGUGGAGGCGGCAGUGAAAGAGAUGAAGAAGAACGGAGUCACGGUGGUGGAGAAGUUCAAGAUGUGGUGAACCGUGGCUGCUGGUGUACAAGAGUCGUAGUGCAGUGGCGAGAACGUUCAUUGCUGGAUACCAAUCCUGGCCUUGGAUAGAAGUGUCUCAUUUCAACGGGAGUGACGAGAUUGGUCCACUCCUAUAUCACGAGACAUUCCCUAGUACCCAUCCGUACAUGUUGAAAGUAGCUCGUUCAAAUGGGUGGGAGUAAAAACGGAGGAGAGGGAGGCACAUAAGUCGAUGACAUCAGUUACGAUUGCGAUAUCUGAAUGACGUCAAUUUUCGCACACCUCACCACUUGGCUGCACAGCCAAUGGUGUCUAAAACAGACGGCGUGACAUUUGGAAGUUAUGAAAAUAAUGAAAGCUGAAAGUGGGAUCUGACGUUCAAAGGACUCGACUGUGAAUGGUACCGAUCCGUGGGAUGAACGAAACUCUUUACACUUGGACAGAUCUCGAGCCCAAUCUCUUUACAUCAUAUAGAUGUCUUUUAUCCAAGAAUAGCGAACGAAACUCUAUCCAUGAAGAGCUCUAGGCCUCAUUAGGUAGUGGCAUACCUUAAACCAGUUUGAACUGGUCGAAAUAUCAUCACGUUUGCUGCAUCUCGGAAUCACUUUAAUCUUGGUGCCAAAGAGACAAGCCAUCAGCCAAAGCAAGCUGCAACUGACAAAUUGUAUUUCAACAACUGUAGGGGACACGAGUUCAGGUUAACGAAACUGAACCACUACAUGUAUUUGAGCACAAAAGCUGUGACAUUGCUAUGCAACUAUUCAAGGUAGCUAUAAAAACAAUAACAAUAUUGAGACUUUUAAUGAAAGCUGUGUUGGCUGGUAAACAGGCACCUUUGUUUUAAAGGCGUGGAACACAUAUCAAUGUUGAUCUGCUGUUGAUUAAUAAAUGCAAUCCUGUGUCUGUUGAGUCCUUCACAUACACGUGUGUGUAGUGUGGAAGAAAGGGAGAAUGAGGGUAGUGAUGUGACCGACUUCGCAUGAAACAUAAACAGGAGAUGUGUACAUUAGCUGAUAAAUAAUGUGACUUCGAUUUUAUAAGAAGUCACACUGUAUAACCGGGGGAAGAGGGGGAUGGUAGAGAAAUGUGUCAUGGAGAUAAUGUUGGACUGAGAAAGGAGAGUGACACACUGACAGAUGGUACCAGCCAGGUUUUUGUGGCUGCUGUCAAUUUUGGGAACUGUUUCUA